GUCACUAAUCAUUUCCUUGGUGAGGCCUAAAGUUCGAAGACAUUGGAAAAUGAAAUUGAAAAAAAUCUGUUGUAUUGGUGCUGGUUAUGUUGGGGGUCCAAGUUGUAGUGUUAUUGCCAUGAAAUGCCCUGAUGUUACUGUUACAGUUGUUGACAAAAGUGAACAAAGGAUUGCUCAGUGGAACUCUGAUGAACUCCCAAUAUUCGAACCUGGUCUGGAUGAAGUGGUACGAAAAUGUCGCAACAAGAAUCUCUUCUUCUCUACAGAUGUUGAUAAAGCUAUUUUGGAAGCGGAACUGAUUUUCAUCUGUGUGAACACUCCUACAAAAAAUUAUGGACUAGGCAAGGGUCGAGCUGCUGAUCUUAAAUAUAUUGAGGGAGCAGCUCGGCAGAUUGCUGAGGUGGCAAAAAGCCCCAAGAUUGUCGUAGAAAAGAGCACUGUACCAGUAAAAGCUGCAGAAAGUAUCACCAAUAUUCUUAGGGCUAAUAUCAAGUCUGGCCUGAUGUACACAAUUCUGUCCAAUCCAGAGUUCUUGGCUGAAGGAACAGCCAUUAAGGAUCUUCUUUGCCCAGACCGGGUCCUCAUUGGUGGUGACCCAACCCCAGAAGGUCAAGAAGCUAUUGAGGCCCUUCAGUGGAUAUACCAACAUUGGGUAGCUCCAGAGAAAAUCAUCACCAUGAACACAUGGUCUUCAGAACUAUCAAAACUGGCAGCAAAUGCAUUUUUAGCUCAGCGUAUAUCUAGCAUCAAUGCUGUAUCUGCAAUCUGUGAAGCUACAGGGGCUGAUGUGUCAGAAGUGGCCCAUGCUGUUGGAACUGACACCAGGAUUGGGCCAAAGUUUUUGAAAGCCAGUGUUGGUUUUGGCGGGAGUUGUUUUCAAAAAGAUGUACUCAAUUUGGUCUACCUCUGUGAGUGUUUAAAUCUUCCUGAGAUAGCAGCAUACUGGCAACAGGUAAUUGAUAUUAAUGAUUUUCAAAGACGUCGUUUUGCUAAUCGAAUUAUUGAAGCUCUCUUUAAUACAGUGACAAACAAAAAAAUUGCAGUUUUUGGUUUCGCUUUUAAGAAAGACACUGCGGACACAAGAGAAUCAUCAUCAAUCUAUGUAUGCAAGCAUCUACUGGAAGAAGGUGCUAAUGUGUUUAUAUAUGAUCCAAAAGUUGACCAAAAACAGAUAUAUGCGGACCUGACGCAUCCCACAAUUACAGACAAACCAGAAAUGGUGAAAGAAUUUGUUACAAUAUGUCCUUGCCCUUAUAAAGCUGCUGAAGCUGCCCAUGCUGUGGUGAUAUGUACUGAAUGGGAUGAAUUUAUAACCCUUGAUUAUAACCAGAUCUACCAGUCCAUGUUAAAACCUGCCUUUGUUUUUGAUGGACGAAUCAUAUUGGACCAUCAGGCACUUAUCAAUAUUGGAUUUCAUGUUGAAACUGUGGGCAAAAGACUUAGUAGGUGGAAUGCCUCUCGCCCAAUAGCUACCGCAAUGCCUUAACUCUGUAAUGAUUCACGUUAAUCAACUGGGUGAAAUAUUCUUUUAGUCCAUUUAUUUGUUUUUUUUCUGGGUUUGCAAGGGAAGGGUGUCAUUUUUAUUUUAUAUUUUAUUUUUUGCUGUUUGUUUUUAAAUGAUCCCGCAUCUCUUAAAUCAUGGUUUUAAUUAUUCCCUCUCCUCAAUUUCCAUAUUAUCCCUAAUCAUCAAACAUUCAUCUUUUCACUUCUUUUACUUUUUUUUCAAUUUUAUUUUUCAUUAGUUUAAGGUAAAUUGCUAUUAAGAUAUCAACAAACCAGAUCUGAAGUUUGGUGUCAAUCCUCUUCAACUAUCACACAAAAUGUUCUCCAGAAAGGCGCGAACAUCAUGCAGUCUCUUUAUUUUCCUAUAUUGCAUUCAAUAUUUUGUAUCUUUUUCUUCUAAGAAAUCAAUAAUGCUGGUAUUUAUACUGAGAAAACCAUGACACCACCAUUAAACAGAUUUCCCAUUAAACCAUUAAACUCACCAUCCUACCCAUCCUCCAGUGUUACUCUGGGGCUUCCUGCCUAAA